AAUAUGCAGCACAAAAAAAAUAUAUCUGGCCUGUGAUUGCUGCGCUUGAGAAAUGUGAAUCACUAUGAGUGUGUUGUAAGCCUUGAAGACAAACGUAUGGAUUUGCAGCCGCAGAGUGUGAGCAGAUUUGAGAUGAGGAAACAGCAGCAGGCCCACAUUGAAGGACCCCCUCAGGCCCCUGGGCACCCGAGACCGAACACCUGCUGUCUGUGCUGGUGCGGCUGCUGCAAAUGCCUCUGGAAUGAAGAGCGUAGAGAACAUCCUGAGCGGCAAACAUGUACAAAAAUGGACAGCAUUGAAGCAACAGAAGAACAGCGUCCCACACUGGAUGAACUUGUAGCCUGGGCACGAAGCUUCGAGCUCAUGAUGCGCUCCACAGAGGGCAGAGAUAUUUUUAGGCAGUUCCUCCGGUCGGAGUACAGUGAGGAGAACCUGAUGUUCUGGAUAGCCUGUGAGGAAUUAAAGAAGGAGACCAUCCCAGCAGCUAUAGAUGAGAAAGCAAGGAUCAUUUAUGAGGAUUAUGUAUCUAUCCUGUCCCCAAAAGAGGUCAGUUUGGAUUCCCGGGUGAGGGAGGGCAUCAACCAGAGCCUGGCAGAGCCCAGCAGCCUGAUGUACGAGGAGGCACAGCUCCAGAUUUACACGCUCAUGCACAGAGACUCAUAUCCACGUUUCCUCAACUCAUCUGUUUACAAGGACCUCCUGGAACAAAAGAGAGCCUGCUUAGACACCUAAAAGGAAGGAUACGGGUGCGAGGUGGCAUCAACACUCGAAAUGAUACAGUCCAGUCCUACAGAAGGAACGACUCCACACACGUCUGUGUGUUUUGUAUGUUAUACACUUUAACAUGCUGGUUAUGAAGAAGUCUCGCUGUCUGUCUGUCUGUCUGUCUAUCUAUCUAUCUAUCUAUCUAUUUACCUAGCUAUCUAUCUAUCUGUCUGUCCGUCCAUCCAUCCCUUUUUUAUUCUGUCCUGCUUGUAAUCACAGUAGAUCCUCUUGCUCAUGUCACCUCCUCAGUUCAGAGGCUUUUUUUUUUUUUUUGGUUUGUUUUAAACUUUGUACUGCAAGUGGCACCCCAUGUCAAGGACGCAGUGAAAUGGAAAACGCACAGAAUUUAAAAUGAGAGGAAACUCAGACAUUAGGCAUCUGACGUAUAAGGAAAACAGAAUAAAGUUUACUAAACUGUAUGUUUCCUUUUCCCUGGGCGGUGGUGUUAUGUAUUGUACCUUUACAAUGUCUUGGAAAUGUGAAUGUCGUGUAGUUUUAAUAAGAAUUUGUAAAAAGAUUUACUGAACACUACUGAAUCGUAAUUUUAUGGUUUAACUGUAUGUUAUAACCAUCUUUGUAGGUAAAAGAUGGAUAAUAAACUUCCAAAAGAUAACAGUAUCACCACCAUGACCAGGAAGCAUAGUUUAGUGAAUCUCCCUGAUUAAAAAUACAGCCAUCGAUGAUAUAUUAAAGAAAAUGAUCGUACUAAACCCAAUGAAUAGUAUCUAUAAUAGCAUGAUGGUCACAGUAAUGCUAGUCUUUGUACACUCAGCUUACAGCUAGAGGGUCAAUAUCGUUUAUUAGAAAAGAAAAGAAAAACAAACCAAUAACGCCAUGCGGCCAUGAGAAAAAAUACUGUGUUGCACCCAAGAGCCACAUCCUUACACCAGCCAGUUUAACGGCUUGCGAACCACCAAAGACACUAAAAUUUUACGAGACACACUCACAUACACAUGCACUAAAAACAUUAAGCUUACUGUACAAGCAAACAAAGCUUUAUUUAUUACUCUAUUUAUCACACUAUAUCAGAAUUCAGAUAUCAAGACCAGGCUUGUACACCGUCAUUGUCACUGUAUAGCAGUUCGUUUUCUGAUGUUUCUUAAUGCCAUGUAUUAAAAAGAUAUAUUACUCAA